UAGAGGGACCCUCAGGCACAGUCAGACCCAGGAUCAGUACGGGGGAAGACAGCACAAGGAGCCAUGAAAGAGAAAGAGGGUGACUUCCUCUGUAGCGAUUAGUCCUAUCAGCAGUGGCUAGCUGGGAGAAAGGGAGAAAGAGAGAGAAGCGAGGGUCAAGCCAUCUCCGUGGCUAAACAGGAAGAGGAAGUGCCGAACAGGAACGGGACGAAAGGACCAUAGAGGGGGAGGAUGAAGAACCAGGAUGACGGAGGCACAGAGGAUGGAGGGAUGAAGGAGAAAGAGGGGACGCCGGAGGGGGUGGCGGGCGAGAACGAAAAGUGGACCAAAGACCGGCGGAACACGGCGGAGCAGGGGGAGCGGGCCGAGGGGAAGCAGGCGGGCCGCCACUCGGGCUCGCUCUCGCGGGCCGGCUGGGUGCUGGGCGAGCGGCUGGCCAUCAACGUGUCGGGCAUGCGCUACGAGACCCAGCUGCGCACGCUGGCGCAGUUCCCCGACUCGCUGCUGGGCGACCCGCGCCGCCGCCUGCGCUACUUCGACCCGCUGCGCAACGAGCUCUUCCUGGACCGCAACCGCGUCUGCUUCGACGCCAUCCUCUACUUCUACCAGUCGGGCGGCCGCCUGCGCCGGCCCGCCAACGUGCCGCUCGACGUCUUCAUGGACGAGCUGCGCUUCUACGAGCUGGGCGACGACGUCCUGGCGCGCUUCCGCGACGACGAGGGCUUCCCCAAGGAGGAGCCCCGCCUGCUGCCCGGCAACAAGCUCCAGCGCCGGCUGUGGAUGCUGUUCGAGCACCCGGAGUCCUCGUCCGGCGCCCGGAUCAUCGCCAUCGUCAGCGUCAUGGUCAUCGUGGUCUCCAUCCUCAUCUUCUGCCUGGAGACCCUGCCCGAGUUCCGGCACGAGAAGGAGAGAGAGUCAACCGCACAUCACCACCACCCCCACACCAGCGCCAACGCCAACAGCAGCACCCCUGCCCACCCUCCGCACAACCCCUUCGUCGACCCCUUCUUCCUGGUGGAGACCAUGUGCAUCUGCUGGUUCUCCUUCGAGCUGAUAAUGCGCUUCUCCUGCUCGCCCAGCAAGACGCUGUUCUUCAAGGACGUGAUGAACGUCAUCGACUUCUUCGCUAUCAUUCCCUACUUCAUCACGCUGGGCACCGAGCUGGCCAAGUCCAAGGGCACGUCCCCGGCCAUGUCGCUGGCCAUCGUCAGGGUCAUCCGGCUGGUGCGCGUCUUCCGGAUCUUCAAGCUGUCCCGCCACUCGAAGGGGCUCCAGAUCCUGGGCCAGACGCUGAGGGCCAGCCUCCGCGAGCUGGCCCUCCUCAUCUUCUUCCUCUUCAUCGGGGUCAUCCUCUUCUCCAGCGCCGUCUACUUCGCCGAGGUCGACCACAAGGAGACGGCCUUCACCAGCAUCCCCGAGGCCUUCUGGUGGGCGGUGGUGUCCAUGACGACGGUGGGCUACGGGGACAUGUACCCGGUGACGGUGGGCGGGAAGCUGGUGGGCACCAUGUGCGCCAUCGCAGGCGUGCUGACCAUCUCGCUGCCCGUGCCCGUCAUCGUCUCCAACUUCAGCUACUUCUACCACCGGGAGACGGAGUGCGAGGACACCACGGAGUACAGGCACGUCAGCACCUCGCUGUGGGAGAACGAGGACGACGGGCAGGGCGGGGGCGAGGGGGGCGGCGACUACCUGCCUCUGGAGGCGGAGGGCAACGGGGGCAUCUGCGUCCCGCUCAACCGGACCCUGCUCAAGGGACUGUGUUCUGGGCAGGGGGCGGAGCAGAGAGGGGGGAACAUGUAUCUGAGAGAGCCGCUGGUUACCCAGGUCUGAGAGAAGAAGGAGAUGUAUACAUAAACACACACACACACACACACACACACACAUAUACACACAUACACACACACACACA